AUGCAUUCUCCUUUUUCUGAGGAGGUUGAUCAACCACCUUCCCAAACGCGGAUAGACCAGCUCACCUUACAACUUGCCGAGAAAGAACGUGAACUGGAGCGCGUAUCCAAGGAUCGAGCUCGUCAGCUAGCUGCCCUGCGCUCCAUGGAAGCGCAAUAUCGUGUCGCGAAGUCUUGUGUGCAUGCUGAGAAGGCAAGGAAAGAGGAAUGCCAGGCUCGCUUGCAGCGCCAACUCAACCUUCAGGAACGCUUGAAACAAGAGCAUGAAACGGAGCUAUCUCUCCUCCGUGCGUAUCUCGACGACAAGCAAGACACGAUCGCCCGGCAACAAACAGUCAUCAACUCCCUACACGCGCAGCUGGCUCGAGCCUUGAACGCCCCAGGGGCUCCUGAGUCCCCAGACAUUUCUUCACACGUGGCCGCCAUCCUCCGCUCUUUUGCCAAUCAAGAGAUACCUUCGGUGGCCGUUCUGCAAGCUCUGAACGAGGAGCUAACACAAGGCCUAUCUUCUGCUCCCGCUGCUUCCGCUGGUCCACAGCCUUCGGGACCCCAACCCUCAGAGACGGUAGUCGCCUCAGCGUUUAUUGAGCCACCUGCCCCCAGCCCUGCAGACUCAGUCAUACCCCGCAUCUCUGAUCAACCUGCACCUGAGUCGUCGCCAGCAGGGCAAGUGCCUUCGCUCCCUCCUACUAUGAAGCUGCGCCUUACGCGCAAGGGCAAGAGAACGGCCCCAGUCACCGCAACUUCUCCUCCACCUCCUCGCCGUCAACGCGUAGUGAGCAUCUCUUCCCCCUCCAGGUCCUCGGAUACGAGCUCGACCCAGGAGACAAGCUUGGCCCGGGAGAAGGCCUCUGAUUUGGAGGUGGCAGACCCGUCAUUGGACCUGACAGCUCUGGUACCAAUCCAGGGUGUAUCACUUCCCCUGCCUUCGUCCUCUGGUGAUCAGCCUCUGGGCUUGCUGACUCCCCCAGCCUCUCCUCUUCUUGCGCCCAUGAGCUCAGCCAUGCCGACUCUGAACCUGCCUCCCGCAGACCUAGCUUUCGAGGCUUCCUGGAGACUUCCUUCAGAGAUCGACCCGUCUCACGCGCCUGCUGCCGACCUGUCUUCUAUCUUUAGUAGGGUCGACUUCUAUGGGGAUUUGGCCACCGCCUGGCAAUCAGCUAACCGCCAAUUCUGGGAGAGCAGUUCCCCUUUGGAGGGGUUUGAUCAGAUUGCUCGUUCCUUAGUAGCGCGAGCGGCCGAGCUUCAACGAGAGAACGCGUUGCUCAAGGCACGUCUUCAGGAACUAGAGCCCCCUGCGGCUUCCUCAGCUCCUCCUGAGCCUUCUCUCGGAAGCUUGGAUGCUUAUUUGCGUGCUGUCGGGGAAUCUGCGGCCUCUGCUCGAGCCAUUUCCCAUGCCGCCUUCGAUAAACUUCAAAAGUUGGAGGCAGCUUUAAAGACAAGUGAGUCUUCCUUGGCUUCUGAAGCGGAUCGUCAUCAAGCGACAGUUUCUGAGCUGAAAGACAAAGAGGCAGAGCUGCUCUCCCGAUCGGCGGAUUUGAGUUCGCUACGGCAAAGUCAGGAGCUCCUGCAAAUGGGAUUGGCCGAUGCCCAGGCCCUGGCUAGUGCUGCCGCUAGCCGGGAAGCAACCAUGCGGACUCAGUGGGAAGCUUGCCAAGCCACUCUCCAAUCCUUGCAAGCGGAGUUAUCGAAGGCCCAGGAAGCAGUGUCUCAGGGCCAGAGCGAUUUAUCCGUGGCCCGCGCCGAGGUUGCCGAGAACAAGAACAGUUUGGAAGCAUACCGAUCUGGCGAAUCAGAGCGGCUGAAGGCGUACAGACUGGCCUAUGUCCGCUCUUCCUUCUUCCUCCAAAAGCUGGGACGCUGGAUGGUCUUGUUGCUCUGUCAUGGGGCCGCUAGUGGGGUUAGACAGGCCUUCGAGCAAGGUUUCCUACGUUCGGCACCUCCUGCCACCUUUCUGGACACAGCUCGCCUAUCUAGGGAAUUGCCGCAAGAAACUUUCCCUUCCUUCGAAGCGGAUGAUGGACUUUUCCUCUUGGAGGCUCCUCCCCCUGCGGCCGAUCUGGCUCCCGUGGAUAUCUCUGCCCAGGCCCUUCCUGCUGCUGCUCCUGAAACGUCCGCUGACCCUGCGUCUUCCGCCAUAGUGCUGGCUGAUCCCAUGCUCCUUCCGUUGGCCUAUAUUGAUCCUGCGCCCUCUUCUUCAGAUGUUGUGUAG